AUGUCCUCUGCUGUCACAGAGACGGAGGAGUCAGCUCGCAGCUCCCCGCUGACACCGCUGAAGCUGGUCGGACUGGUGUGCGUCUUCCUGGCGCUCUGCCUGGAUGUGGGAGCCGUGAUGAGUCCGGCGUGGGUGACAGCUGAUGAUCAGUACUACCUGUCCCUGUGGGAGUCCUGCUGGAAGCCAGCGAGCACCGAGAACUGGCAGUGCAGCAGCACGCUGGGUUCAGACUGGCAGGUUGCUACGCUUGCCCUGUUGCUAGGGGGCGGAGCACUGGUGCUGAUGUCAUUCCUGGUCGCCCUGGUUGCUGUGUGCAUCGGCACGAGGCGGCGAUUCUACGCACCUGUCGCCUUCAUGCUCUUCGCCGCAGUUGUCCUCCAGGCCUGCAGCUUGGUCCUCUACCCCAUCAAGUUCAUCGAGAGCAUCAACCUGAGGAUCUACCACGAGUUCAACUGGGGCUACGGCCUGGCCUGGGGAGGCACCAUCUUCUCCUUCGGCGGGGGAAUCCUCUACUGCCUCAACCCCAAAAACUACGAGGAGUACUACUAG